GAAAGCGGUAGCAAAAUCAAAAAUUUCGCUGCGAAAUAUUUCAAAAAAUGGUUCUCCAGUGGGAAGACAAAGAAGUCAAAUUUGACCUACCGUAUUCUAAAAUGAGACUGAUAAACGGCGAGAAGAUCAUCGAUAAAUUGGACAACAUCGAAGAUACCAAAGGUAACGGCGGCUUCAAAGGAAAAUUGAUCAUCACCAGUUUGAGAAUUUUGUGGUAUUCAUCUAGCAGCCCACGCAUUAAUCUAUCCAUCGGUUUAGGUUGCAUAUUAUCAACAAACAUGAAGCUAGUAAACUCGAAACUUAGAGGCACCGCUCAAGCCAUCCAACUGCUAACAAUCUCCACGGGGACCAGAUACGAAUUCAUCUUCACCAAUUUAAUACCGGGCCACACCAGGCACUUCACCUCCAUCACCGGCGUCCACAAAGCCUACAACUCCUCCAGGUUAUAUCGAGAGUUGAAACUUCGCGGAGCCGUCGUUCACAACAAGCAACUCAAGAUACUCCCGUUGGAGCAAGUCGUCUCCACGGUGCACGGAGCGUGGAACCUAUCCAGCGACCAAGGCAGCCUGGGCACCUUCAUAGUCACCAAUGUCAGGUUCGUUUGGUUCGCCGAUGUCAACGAAGGCUUCAACAUAUCCUUGCCCUACCUUCAAAUCGAUGCUAUAGCGACCAGAGACUCGAAGUUCGGCGCUGCGCUGGUGGUGACCAGCUCGGAGGCGAGCGGCCUCUUCGUGCUGGGCUUCAAGGUGGACCCGGAGGAGCGGCUGCGCACGCUGUACAAGGAGCUGUCGUCGUUGCACGCGGUGUACGCCUCGCGGCCGAUCUUCGGCGUCGAGUACGAGGCGGCGGCGGCGUCGCGACGGCCGGCGCUCGAAGGCGGCGGCGGCGGCGCCGUGGCGGAGGAGUUCGAGGGCGUCGACGAGCGGGCGGAGGAGAUGUCGAACGCCAUAGCGGCGUAUUUGGCUGAUGAAGGGCUGGAGAAGGACGGGGCGCCGGCGUUCUGCGAUGAGCUGGGGCUGGCGGUGGAGCGCCUGAAGGAGGGGUAUACAUUGCAGAGGUUGUGGGAGGUCGUGCCGAGCAAUUGAAUAAUAAAAUUAUCGUUGAUG